AUGGUAAAAGAAGCUAAACCAGUGGGAUUAGUUAAGGCAGUGAAGGAAAUCCCAAGAGACGUCAAGGAGCUGCAGGAGAAUGUACAGCCUAGUCAUGGACUGGACAGUAAGGUAAUGACCAAUCUUUUCAAAGACUUCACCUGUGUGGAUAAGAUUUACUCAAUCAGAGAUCUCACAGUUGGAGAUGAUGUGGAAUUUGAAGUGUCUUCUGACAGACGGACUGGAAAACCAAUUGCUGUGAAAUUGCUAAAAGUGAAGCCUGAAAUUUUGCCUGAAGAAAGGAUUACAGGACAGGUUGUCUGUGCUGCUCCCCUUAACCUUGAGAACAAAUCUGGGCUGAAACCUUCAUCUCCUGGUCAGACUUCAGGCAGUGUGUGCUAUGAACGCAAUGGGGAAGUAUUUUAUCUGACAUACACCCCUGAAGAUGUUGAUGGAAAUGUCCAACUUGAAACAGGAGAUAAAGUUUCUUUCUCCAUGGAAACAAACAAACAUACUGGUGCUGUAAAUGCUCACAACAUUGUACUGGUGAAGAAGAAACAGGGUCGGUGUCAAGGUGUAGUUUGUGCCAUGAAGGAAGCAUUUGGAUUCAUCGAACGAGGUGACCUUGUAAAAGAGAUCUUCUUCCACUAUAGUGAAUUCAAGGGAAAUCUGGAGACCUUGCAGCCGGGCGAUGAUGUGGAAUUUACUAUUAAAGAAAGAAAUGGAAAAGAAGUUGCUACUGAAGUGAAACUGUUACCCCAAGGAACUGUUAUAUUUGAAGAUGUUAGCAUUGAGCAAUUUGAUGGAACUGUCACCAAAGUUAUUCCAAAAGUAUCCAGUAAAACCCAGACUGACCCCUUGCCAGGACGUAUCAAGGUAAACUUUGCCAUUUCCAAAGAACUGCCCUUUGGAGAUAAGGACACCCGAUCUAAAGUGACACUCUUAGAAGGUGACCAUGUAAGGUUUAAUAUCUCCACUGAUCGACGUGACAAACUGGAACGUGCUACAAAUAUUGAAAUUCUGACAGAUUCUUUUGAGUUAACUGGAGAAACUAGAGAAAUGGGUGUGAUUGCUGCCAUGAGAGAUGGGUUUGGUUUCAUUAAAUGUGUAGAUCGCGAUGCUCGAAUGUUCUUCCACUUUAGUGAGAUCAUGGAUAGCCUCCAGCUCCACAUCUCUGAUGAAGUUGAGUUCACAGUUGUCCCUGAUGUACUUUCAGCCCAGAGGAACCAUGCAAUUCGUAUUAAAAAACUUCCAAAAGGAACAGUGUCCUUUCACACACAAUCUGAGCAACGUUACUUUGGGAUGGUGGAGAAAGAAGCUACUGGUUCAAUAUCUAAAUCUACUAGCCCAGCCAAGAGUAAAGAAAAGAAAAAAGAAAAGGAUGCAGAAGAGGGAAUCAUUGCAUAUGAGGAAGCUGGGGUAAGGAUGACUGUACCAUACCAUAUAAAAGACCUGGAAGGGUGUGCAAUUCCACAGCUUGGUGAUAAGAUUGAAUUUAGUAUCUGUGAAGUUAAAAGAACUGGUCUCCAGAGUGCAGUGUCAAUCAAAAUUCUAAAUCGUAACCCCAAUGCCAAGAGACUUGUAGGAUAUGUAGCUGCUUUGAAGGAUAACUUUGGUUUCAUUGAAACUUCUCAACAUGAUCAAGAAAUCUUCUUCCACUACAGUGAGUUCUCAGGUGAUGUCGACGAGUUGGAUGUCGGAGAUGUUGUGGAAUACAGUUUGUCAAAGGGCAAAGGGAACAAAGUGAGCGCUGAGAAAGUUGCCAAGAUUACAACCGUGAAUGGUCCCAGUGAUGAAGUGUAUCCGACUGUCUAUACUGGUAAAGUGGUGAGGCCAUUGCGCAGUGUGGAUCCCCAACAGGCUGAAUAUCAGGGACUUAUUGAGAUUACAGAAGAAGGGCCAAUGAAAGGAGAGGUGUAUCCUUUCGGCAUCAUUAGUUUGGCGAACAAAACAGAUUGCCUUCAGAAGGGGGAAACUGUCAAAUUCCAGCUAUGCAUUGUGACCCUAACAGGACAGAAAUUGGCCUAUGAUGCCACACCUUUACGAAGAGGCACUGUGGAUUGUGUGAAAGACCAGUUUGGCUUCAUUAACUAUGAAGUUGGUGAUGGUAAAAAGCUGUUCUUCCGUGUGAAUGAGGUACUGGAUGGUGUUGAGUUGCAGCCAGGAGAUGAGGUGGAGUUCUCUGUCAUCUUAAACCAGCGUACAGGAAAGUGCAGUGCCUGCAAUGUGUUCCGUGUCAGUGAGGGCCCUCGACCUGUGGCUGCUCCACGUCCUGACCGUUUAGUACAUCGUUUGAAGAGCAUCACAUUGGAUGACGCAAGCGCUCCAAAACUGGUCGUGCUUCGCCAACCAAAGGGACCUGAUAACUCAAAGGGAUUCAUUGCAGAGAGAAAGAUUCGUCAAGCUGGAGUCAUCGAUUGAUUUCUUUUCUCUUCCCCCAGCAAGCACAUUACCCAAUGCAGUAUCUUCGGGGAGGGGAGGGUUUACGCAAGAUUAGUCUGCCUCUACUACCCUGUGUUUCCCAGUCCCAAAUGGAACACAGUUAACCUAUAUUUUCAAGCAAAUCUUCAGUUCUACAACUUGUCUGUGCUUUUAUCAAAAGCUUAAAAAAAAUACAAAAUGAAGCAAAAACAAAAAAAAUACAAAAAAGGUAAAGCACAGGCUCGGGGCAGUGAAUAAGCAGGAAGCCUUAUUAGUGUCUCAACCUUAUAGGAGCUUGAUUUAAAAUCAAACAGCAUCUUACAUCAGUGCUAAUUUGAAUUUGUAAGUUUAUUUGCCUUUAUAUGUUAGGAAAAAAAAAAUCUGAAACACUCGAGUGCCAUGAGUGCUGGCUUUCAUUUAAAUCUUUAAAUACAAGUUUGAUGCUGUGGAGCACUGCAGCCUUGGAACCCUAUUCCAGAAACUAACAGAUCUGUGCCUAAAAACAAAUAUCACUGUUAUUCCCACAAAGGGCACCCUGUGUAAUGCCGAAUGAAAAAGAACGGCUGACUUUUUUUUAAAAAGUAUAUUAAUGCAUCAAGGUGGAAACGUUAAUUGUUGGUACUGUAUAUAUGCCUUUUGCAUAGAAACAGGGAGACUAGUUGAUAUCAAGCGUUAGUAAUCAAAUAACUGGUCUGUGUUAUUAUACCAAAUAAGAUCAGGAAUUUAAUUGUUGAUGUGGGACAGAGGCAGUACCCUGUUUCUGUUUCGCCUCUGCUCACAGUUUGGGGUUUGUCUAAACUGGGAGAUUGCUUUGUUCUUGCAAGAAAGAAAAUAAAACACCUGGCUUUCUCCUGUGUCCCUGUUAAUGGUCAUGAAAAACUAGAAUAAAAAGUUUUACCAUAAA